AUGAGCUCACAAACGGGCACGGGCACGCAACACGCCGGACCGACGUUCUUGCAGGAGGAGAUUGAUCAGAAAAGCGUUAUUAGGCUCACCUGGAGAAAACUGCUUGAGUUGUGCGAGAGGGUGACGGACAUGUUGCACAGUGUCCAGGGCAAGUACAAGAAGCAGCUCGUCAAAAACGUCAAGGAGUUGAAGGAGGACGUGCGCAAGUUCCGUAGAGAAUGGGAGACGUCAGGGCCGAUGGUACAAGGAAUUUCGCCUCUGGAGGCGGUGGAGAGGUUGAGAAGGUUCAAGGAGGAGAUGCAGCUUCGAGAGCGGACGGCCGAGAUGUACACCGCCGGGGAGGAGCUGUUUGCCCUCAAGAUCACAGCACACCCAGACCUCAUCAAGAUAAAGAAGGAGUCGUCCCUGUUGGACCAGCUGUACGGUCUUUACAUGGACGUUCUCCAAACGCUAGAAAGAUACCGAGAGGUGUUGUGGACUUCAGCGGGAGAUGAGCUGGUGGCCAUGUCAGAAAUGGUGGCAUCCUUCGACUCGCGCUGCAGGAAGAUGCCCAAGAAGCUUCGGGAAUGGGAAGCAUUUCAGGUGUUGUUACGCAAGAUAACCGACUUUCAGGAGGUCCUUCCAAUAAUCGAGAACCUGCGGAAGCCGAGUAUCAAGCCGCGGCAUUGGCAAGAGGUGAUGGACAUCACCAAGACCAACUUCCCCUACGAAAGCGAGAACUUCAGCCUUUCGAACAUCAUGGACAGCCCCAUCCUCCAGUUCAAGGACGAUAUCGAGGAGAUCUGUGAAGGCGCCGACAAGCAGCUCUCGAUCGCUGAAAAGCUCGAUGAUAUCACGGACCAGUGGGAUCAUGCUGCCUUCGAGUUCACCCCGUGGAAGAGCAGAGGAGUGCCCGUCUUAAAGGCAUAUGGAGUCAUCAUCGAGGAGCUGGAAGACGCCCAGCUGCAGCUGCAGACUUUGCUAUCCAUGCGACACGUGACACCUUUCAGAGAGAUUGUCCAGAAUAAGUUGAACGAUCUGAGCAACGCAACGGACAGCCUGGAGCUUUGGGUCAAGGUGCAGCUGCUGUGGACAAGCCUAGAGUCCGUGUUCAUGGGUGGGGAUAUCGCCAAGCAGAUGCCGAUCGAGGCCAAGAAGUUCGUGAAGAUCGACAAGGAUUGGGCCAAGACCAUGAUAAAAGCGGAAGAAACGGAGAAGGUGAUCAUGUGCUGCGCCAGCGAGACCCUGUGUACGACGCUUCCGGUGCUGUUUGUCGAGCUUGAAAAGUGCCAGAAGAGUCUGGAGGGGUACCUGGAGCAGAAGAGGUCGAGGUUCCCCCGCUUCUACUUCGUGUCGAACCCUGUGCUGCUGCUGGUGCUCAGCCAGGGGUCAGACCCGGUGCAGAUGCAACCGUACUACGAGAAGGUGUUCGAUAGCAUCAGCCAGGUCGUGCACGACAAGAAAGAGAAAUCGUCCAUCAUCAGCAUGGUCAAUAUUGCCGGGUCAGAUGAGGAGACUAUAUCGUUUUCCAAACCCGUCAAGGCCACGGGCAACAUCGAGGACUGGUUGGGAGCGCUCGAGAAGGGGAUGCAGGUGUCGCUGAAAAGCCUAGCGGAACUCGCGGCCGUACAAUGCACCCUCAUGCCGCUCCGGCAAUUCGUCGACUGCAGCUGUGGGCAGUUCGCCCUUCUGGGUCUUCAGUUCUCAUGGACCGCACAGUGUCAAGAGGCCCUGGACAAGUGCCGCACCAACAAAAGCAUCAUGAGCGAAACCAACCGCGGCCAGCUGGGGGUGCUACAAGAGAUGAGCUCCUGGUGCCUGCAGGACCUCGGCACCAAGAUGAACCGAACCAAGAUCGAGACUCUUGUCACAAUUCAGGUGCACCAGCGCGACGUUUUCAUGGACUUGACCCGGCUCUACAAGGAGCGCAAGAUACACAACUCUAUGGAUUUCGAGUGGCUCAAACAGGCUCGUUUUUACUGGAGGCCGGGCGAGGACGACGCCCACGGCGCAGGCAGCUGUGCCAUCUCCAUCUGCGACGUCGACUUUAAGUACCGGUUUGAGUACCUGGGGUGCAAGGAACGACUGGUGAUCACUCCUCUCACGGACCGGUGCUACAUCACGCUUUCCCAAGCGCUGGGAAUGUUUCUGGGGGGUGCACCCGCGGGCCCUGCCGGAACGGGGAAAACUGAAACCGUCAAAGAUUUGGGAAGGUCGCUGGGAAACUUCGUGGUCGUAACCAACUGUACAGACCAGCAGAGAUACACCGACAUGGCCAAGAUAUUCAAAGGACUGUGCCAGGCCGGACUGUGGGGCUGCUUCGACGAGUUUAACCGGAUCGAGCUGCCUGUGCUAUCUGUAGUCGCACAGCAGGUGCUGGCCAUCACGAACGCGAAGCGUGUAGGAGCGAAAGAAUUCGUCUUUCCGGGCGACAGCCAGGUCAUCGGACUCAAGAGGGACGUGGCCUACUUCAUCACCAUGAACCCGGGCUACCAGGGCCGGCAGGAGCUCCCCGAAAACCUGAAGGUCCUAUUCCGGUCGGUGGCGAUGAUGGUACCCGACCGAGAGAUCAUCAUGAAGGUCAAGCUUUGCUCGGUGGGGUACCAGGGCUUCUCCGACCUUGCCCGCAAGUUCAACGUGCUGUACGCCCUGUGCGAGCAGCAGUUGUCCAAGCAGAAGCACUACGACUUUGGCCUGAGGAACAUUCUCAGCGUUCUCAGGACGGCCGGGAAGACGAAGCGGGACAACCUCGACGAGAACGAAGAUCUCUUGCUCAUGAAGACGCUGAGGGACAUGAACCUCUCCAAGCUUAUCGCUCAGGACGUGCCCCUCUUCCUCAGUCUGCUCGGAGACUUGUUCCCGGCCGUUGUCGCCGGGGCUUCGGGGGACGCUCACGCAGAGGUGGAGUCGGCCGCAAAAUCGUUCAUCGACAAGGAGGGCCUUAUUGCCCACCCGUCUUGGUGUCUUAAAGUCAUACAGCUCUACGAGACCACGCUCGUUCGACACGGAGUUAUGAUGGUUGGACCACCGGGAUCCGGAAAGAGCAGCACGAUCAGCACGCUGCAGAGUGCUCUGACGAAGACGACGGGGGUGCAACACAAGCCCAUCCGCAUGAACCCCAAGGCAAUCCGCGCCGAAGAGAUGUUCGGGGAGACCAACAAGGCCUCCGGGGAGUGGGUGGACGGCGUCUUCGCCGCGAUGUGGAGCAAGUUCAACGAUCGCAAUAGGAAAGACAUGCAGUGGAUCAUCUGCGACGGGCCGGUGGACGCCAUCUGGAUCGAAAACCUCAACACCGUCCUCGACGACAACAAGAUCCUCACUCUGGCCAACGGCGACAGGAUUCCAAUGACCGACAACGUCAAGCUCAUCUUCGAGGUGGAAGAUCUCCGAAACGCGUCUCCGGCGACGGUUUCGCGCGCCGGCAUAAUCUACGUCUCGGACAGCGAUCUCGACUGGCAGCCAGUGAUGGAGAGUCGCCUCAAGAAGCUCCCGCCGGGGAGGGGGGACAUCCUGCGAGAGUUUUUCAGGAAGUACGUGGGGGAGUGCCUGGGCCCGAAAGAGCCUGGACACCUGUUCGACUUCAUCACGAGAACAUGCCGCCCGGUGAUGAACUGCACCCGCGUGGGUCAGAUCGAGGCCACCAUUCGUCUUCUUUCGGAGAUGCUCGAGUCGUCGGACAUGAGCCAAAGCCCCGAGGACGCCCAGGGUGAGCUAGAGCGGCUGUUUCUCUUCAGCGUGUCGUGGGCGCUGGGGGGCUUGCUGGAGCCCGACGAGCGAGUCAAAUUCGACCAGUACCUUCAGCAGUUGUGCCCUGAGAACAUGCCCUCCUCUGGGGGGGCUGCGGCGGCCGCCGCGGCCGCUGCGAACGAUGGCGACAGUGUUUCCGGCAACUCGACUAUCUCCGCCUCUUCAGGAUUGACCGUCUUCGACUACUCGGUCAACCUGGACACCAUGGCGUGGGAGCCGUGGGUGGUCCCCGCUUGGGAGUACCCCAAGGUCCCCGCCGAGGUUGACUUUCAGAGGCUGCUUGUGCCCACCGUCGACUCAACGCGCGCUCUGGCUAUCAUCAAUCACCUCCAGAAACAACGCCACCCGGUCCUCAUGGUGGGAGGGAGCGGCACAGCGAAGACGACGACGGCGCUGAUGUACUUCGACUCGCUCACGAACGACUCCAUGAUGGUGAAGCGGAUCAACUUCUCCUCGGCCACCACGGCGGGAAUGUUCCAGUCUACCAUCGAGGGGGAGCUCGACAAGAGGGGGGGCAAGAACUUCGGCCCUCCCUCUGGGUGCGGGAUGACGGUGUUCCUGGACGAUGUCAGCAUGCCGGAGGUGAACGAGUGGGACGACCAGCCGACACUUGAAGUUGUUCGUCAGCUGGUGGAAACGGGCGGUUUCUGCUUCCUCGACAAAGACAAGCGCGGUGACCUCAAGGUCAUCGAAGAUCUGCAGUACGUGGGCGCGAUGAAUCACCCCGGUGCCGGCAAGAACGAUAUUCCAAACCGCCUCAAGCGCCACUUCUUCAUCUUCAACAUGAUCGUGCCCCCCGAGGAGAGCAUAAACGCCAUUUACGGCCAGAUGGUUGAAGGGCGGUUCCCGGCACAAGAGCGGCGAUCGACUUUCCACCUCUUCAGCGAGCGGUUGCCCGCGGCGACGACUGCUCUCUGGCGGUGGAUGCGAGCAAAGAUGCUUCCCUCUCCAAGCAAGUUCCACUACACCUUCAACAUGCGAGAGCUGUCCAGGGUGUUCCAGGGGCUGCUUCGCGCACCUAAGGACAGCAUACCGACAGAGGUUUGCCUGAUGAAACUUUGGAGGCACGAGUGCUGUCGGGUGUUCGCGGAUAAGCUAACCACCAUCGAGGACAAAGAGGCGUUCCAGAAAGAGCUGGAUCACCAGACGGCGCUGCUGGGGCGCGCAGUGCUGGAAACUCCGGAGGGACGACUGCUUACGUACGAGAUGGUGACCGGCGAGAGCCCUGGAGAAGACGAGGUGUCUCCUCCCACCGACGAAAUUUCCCUUCUGAAAGCGAUCACGCAGGAGGCAUUCUUCGUAGAUUUCUUGAGGACCGAUGAAUACGACGAGGACGGGGUCCUCAUCCAGGCAGCGCCCAAGGUGUACGAAGAGGGCCCGAGCUUGGUCAACCUGAGAGCCAUAGUGCAGGGCUUCGCGGAACAGUACAACUUGGACUUCCCCGCGAACAGGAUGGACCUAGUCCUUUUCGACGACGCACUCAGGCACCUCAUCACGGUUUCGCGGAUCCUGGGGAUGCCUCGCGGCAACAUGCUGUUCGUCGGUGUAGGGGGCUCCGGGAAGCAAAGCCUGACGCGCCUCGCCAGCUACAUCGCCGGGAACUUCACCUUCCAGAUUACCAUCACGAAGGCGUACAACCUGAACUCUUUCAUGGACGACAUGAGGUGCUUGUACAAGAAGUGCGGCCAGGAGGGGAAAAACGCGACAUUCGUUCUGACCGAGGCGGAGAUGAAGGACGAAACGUUUCUGGAGAUCAUGAACAGCUUCCUCAUGACGGGAGAAGUGCCGAAUCUAUUCCCCAAGGAUGAGUUGCACAUGAUGGCGGCCGAGAUUCGACCUUUCGCGAUCAGCACCAGACCAGACUUCGUCGAUACCCCCGAGAAUCUGGCGCGUUGUUUCGUGGACAGGGUCCGCGCAAACUUGCAUUGCGUCAUUUGCAUGUCCCCGGUCAGCGUAAAGUUUCCCGAGCGUGCCCGAAAGUUCCCGGGACUGGUGAACGGGUGCACCAUCAACUGGUUCCUGUCGUGGCCCGCCGAGGCCCUCGUAGCGGUUUCUGACGGUUACAUCGGGAACGCGCCCAUCGAGUGCUCUGCGGAGGUACACAAGGAGCUCGUGACACACAUGGGUAUGGUUCACCGCAUGGUUGUGGAGUCCUGCGCCGACUACUUCGUCCAGAUGAGACGGAGGGUCUACCAGACGCCCCGCUCCUUCCUGUCCUUCCUCGGGUCUUACAAGGACCUCUACCUCACGAAGAAGGAGCAGGUGGACGUGAAAAGCAAGCGGGUGAUCGUCGGGCUCGACAAGCUCAAGAAGGGCGCAUCGGACGUGGAGCUCAUGAAGGUGCAGCUGAAGGAAGAAGAGGUCAAGCUUAAGGAGGCCGACCUCGCGACCACGAAGAUGCUCAGCAAGUUGGAGGUGAGCUCGAUGGCAGCGAAGAAAGAAGCCGAUGCCGUGGCUGUCAUCAAGGAAGCAUGCAUGGCCGACGCUCGGCGCAUCGCUGGCGAGAAAGAGGACGCUGAGGAAGACCUCGCCCAGGCCAAGCCGUUCUUGGAGGAGGCCGAGCGCGCUGUUGAAUCUAUCAAGGCGGGCGACCUGAACGAGCUGAAGAAGCUUCAAAAGCCAUCAGAUAUCAUCAAGCUCAUCUUCGACUGCGUUGGGCUGCUCAAGAUGGAGAAGGUUCAGCCGGUACAGGUGGAUGAGGUCACCAUCGGGAUCGGAAAGGAGAAGCAAACGCUACCCUUUCUCAAGGAUUCCUUCAAGUACAUGCAAGCGGGGAUGCUCUCGGACGCCCGUUUCUUGCAGUCCAUCUUCGCCUUCUCCCAGAACGAGAAGGACUUCAUCAAUGACGAAACCGUCGAGCUCAUGGCCCCCUACCUGGAGCUCGAGGGCUUCAACCCGGCGGUGGCUAGGAAUGCCUCCAAAGCGGCGGAGGGAUUGUGCACGUGGUGCAGGGCGAUGACCUACUACCACGAAGCCUCUAAGGUUGUCAAGCCCAAGCUCGAAGCGCUUCGAAUAGCAGAAGUCAAGCUCCAGGACGCGCAAAAGGAGCUGGAGGAGGCUGAAUCUAAGCUGCAGAACUGUCAGGACGUGCUGACCAAACUCCAAACCAAGUUUGAAGCCCAGAUGGCGAAAAAGAGAGCUAUCGAGGAAAACGCCGCUCGUACAAGGAGUAGGAUGGAACAGGCCACCGCCCUGAUAGUUGGGCUCGGAGGGGAGCGUACCCGCUGGACAGAAGACAGCCGAAAGUUCGCCGACACCAAGCGGAGGCUUGUGGGCGACGUCGCCCUCUCCUGCGCGUUUGUGGGGUACUGCGGUCCCUUCAACCAAGAGUUCCGUGACCACUUGGUCAAGACAAGAUUUUCUGACGAUCUGGUAUCCAGGGGCAUCCCGCUGACGAAAGGGCUGGACCUCACAUCUUUCUUGGUGGACAUGGGCACCAUCGGAGACUGGAACCUAGACGGACUCCCCACAGACCCCCUUUCGAUCCAAAACGGAAUAUUGGUUACUCGGAGUUCGCGAUAUCCCCUGCUAAUAGAUCCACAAGGGCAGGCACUGAACUGGAUCCGCCGGCACGAGAAGGACAGGUUGCCGGCCUCCGGGGUGACGUCGUUCUCCAGCGACAAGCUCAGGGACACGCUCGAGUACUGCAUGAUGGAGGGCAAGGCGCUAAUCAUUGCAGGAGUUGAGGAAGACAUUGACCCAAUGCUCACACCGGUUCUUGAAAAACAGAUUGUCGUCAAGGCUCGGAGCAAGUAUAUCAACGUGGCCGACAAGAUGUGCGAGUUUAGUGAUUCCUUCAUGCUCUACAUGACCACCCGGCUACCAAAUCCGCAUCUAAGCCCCGAGAACCAAGCGAAGACGACUGUGGUGGACUUCACCGUGACGCAAAAGGGCCUCGAAGAACAGCUCCUUGGAGGCGUCAUCCAAAAGGAACAGAAGAGCCUUGAGGAACAACUUAAGAACGUUCUUGAAGAGGUUACGAACAACACGAAGGCUCUGAUGGCCCUGGACCAGCUGCUGCUCGAGCGACUCAGCGCCAACACUGGCAACCUUCUUGACGACGAAGAACUCAUUGGCGCUCUUGCGGAAACGAAGAAGAAGGCCGUCCAAGUGCGAGACAAGCUCGUCGCAGCCGGAGAGAUGCGCGAGGGCAUCGACGAGAAGCGAGAGCAGUACCGCCCGGUCGCCACCCGCGGUGCGGUCAUGUACUUCACCAUCGUGGACCUCAGCCUCGUAAACGUCAUGUACCAGACUAGCCUGGACCAGUUUCAGACGCUCUUUACCAGGGCCAUGGAUGUGGCGGACAAGGCAUCCCUCGCGUCCAAGAGGGUGUGGAACAUCAUCGAGACCAUGACGUUCAACGUCUACAGAUACAUUUCCAGAGGCCUGUACGAGCAGGACAAGCUGAGCUUCAAGCUAAUCUUGGCGCUUAAGAUUCUGCUGACGGCGCGCCGGCUGGAUCAGUCGGACGUGACCCUUUUCAUCAAGGGAGGCGCCGCCCUCGACCUCAAUGCCGUCAAGCCGAAACCGUACCUGUGGCUGGCGGACCCGGCGUGGCUCAACGCCAUCCAGCUCAGCAGAGACAACGUGAUGUUCAAGAGUCUCCCCGACGAGAUAAUUCGGAAUGAGGCCGCGUGGAAGCUGUGGUACGCCGAGAAUGAGCCGGAGGAAAUCCCGGUCCCAUACUUCGAGGGCCGGUUGGCUGCAGAUCCCUCGGUCGGCGCGUUCUACCGACUUCUUCUCGUCAGAUCCCUCCGAGAGGACCGCACGUUGUUGUGCGUCAACAACUUCAUCAGGCUCACCGACACCGUCGAGCACGCAGGGUCUCGUUUGCCUGCCAUGGGACCUCGCUUUGCGGAACCCCUGACUGAUACGGUGGAGUCUGUGUACAACGAGAUGGACUGCUCGACCCCAGUGAUCUAUCUUCUGAGUGCCGGCGCCGACCCAACGGACUCUAUCGAGGGGUUGGCGAGGAAGAAGAAGACGGACGUCGCAUGCGUUAGCAUGGGAGAGGGUCAAUCGGUGGUAGCCUCUCGGGCGAUAGCAGCUGCCACGGUAAACGGAAGCUGGGUCCUCCUACAGAACUGUCACCUGGGCCUGGACUACAUGGAGACCAUGGAAGAUUAUCUCCAGACGCUUCCAGCAUGCCACACCGAUUUCCGGCUUUUCAUCACGAGCGAGCCGCACCCAAAGUUCCCCAUAGGCCUCCUUCAGAUGAGCAUCAAGGUCACUAACGAGCCGCCCAAAGGACUGCGAGCAGGCUUGCUGCGGUCAUUCACAGUGAUUGUCGACCAGGACAAGCUUGAACGGGUCGAUUCUUCGCAGUGGCGGGCCCUCCUCUACAGCCUCUGCUUCUUGCACUCGGUCGUGCAGGAGCGACGAAAGUUCGGGUCCCUGGGGUGGUGCAUACCGUACGAGUUCAACGACGGCGACCUCAACGCGUGCGCCACUUUCUUGGAGAAGCACCUCUACUCGGGCUCCGUUUCUUGGCCAACCGUCCAAUACAUGGUGGGAGAGGUACAGUACGGUGGAAAGAUCACCGAUGAUCUCGACCGGCGAUUGUUCAAAGCCUACACGGAGACGUGGAUGGGUCCCCCCGCACUCUCGGCAAGCUUCUGCUUCAACCCUGGGGUUCCCAUGCAGGGCGGUCCGCAGUUCAAGUAUGUUAUUCCGGAUAGCCAAGAGGUGGAGGACUACAUCGCUUUCAUCCAGACCUUCCCAGGGAUCGAUGGCCCGGAGGUGUUCGGCCUACACCCCAACGCCGACCUGACCUUCCGAAACAAGGAAGGGCAGCAGCUCCUGGCGACUCUGAUGGAGACGCAGCCAAAACAGGCGACAGGGGGCACUGGGCGUUCGCGGGAGGAUAUGGUGCUAGAAAAGUGCACGGAGCUGCUGCUGGCCGUGCCAGAGGGAUUCACGGAGGCCUCCUACUUAGAGUGCAUUGCGGCGCAGGGUGGGCUGGGAGUGCCGCUCAACAUCUUCCUCAUGCAGGAAGUACAACGGCUCCAGCUUGUCAUCAUCAACGUAGGAGGUAUGCUAAAGACCCUUCUUCAAGCAAUUCGGGGCGAGGUCGUCGUAACCGAAGACCUGAUGUCGGCCAUUAACGCCGUCUACGACGCGCGAGUUCCGCGUCAGUGGGUAUUCAGCUACGGCGGUGACGAGAUCUCGUGGAUGUCCGCGUCUCUGGGGCUCUGGUUCUCGAGCUUCACCGCACGGAACGAGCAGCUGGCGACCUGGCUCACUGGGGGAAGGCCGCCUUGCUUCUGGCUGACGGGGUUCUUCAAUCCCCAGGGCUUUGUGACGGCGGUUCAACAAGAAGUCACUCGGGCGCACAAGGCUGACCGGUGGAGCCUUGACGGAGUUGUGCUCCACACCGAGGUGACCGAGUUCGAGAAGUCAGAGCAGGUCAAGGCCCCACCUAAAGAGGGGGUAUACAUUCACGGGCUCUAUUUAGACGGUGCACAGUGGAAUCGAUCCGAAAACAGCUUGGUUGAAUCAAAGCCCAAGGAGCUGUUCAGCAGCGUGCCGGUGAUGUACGUGACAGCGGUCACCAAGGCCCAGAGGAAGGCCCUCAGCGGGGACUAUGGCCCCCACGGGGGCUUCGACUGCCCCGUGUACAAAUACUCCCUGAGGACCGAUAAAUACAUCAUCUUCUUGGUCACCCUAGCCGCAAGGAGCAAGCACCCCAGUCACUGGACGUUACGCGGGGUUGCUCUUCUCUGUGGGUCGGGCGACAGCGUGCAAUAG